AUGGACAACAAUCCUUUCCGUAGCCAUCAACCGCAGACAGGUAACUAUAUGACGCCCACAAUGGGCGGUCAGCAACAACAGCAGCAGCCUCAGCAACAGCAACAGCCACCUUAUCAAUCCAACUAUGGUAUGGGAAGCAGUGGGUAUAGUACAUCGACUCCAACAAUGGGCACGACACCACAAGGCGGGUACCAGCAGCAACCGUCUUGGCAAUAUCAACAGCCUCAAACGGGCAUGAUGUCUCCUACUCCUCCCCAGCAAAGCAACUUUGCAUCGACAUUGCCUCAACAGAGCUCUUUUACUUCCUCACUACCGUCUACCACAACUGGUCCUCCUCCAAGCCAAUUUUCUCCUUACACAGCCAAUGCCUCAUUGAUGUCAUCUACUGCUACCAGCAAUGUUAGUACCCCUCCUCAAAUGAACACUUUUGGUGUUAGUGGUAACACAUAUCAACCAUACAGCAUGCCAACCCCGAACACUGGCAUUGGCAACUAUCCCAACAAUAACAGCAUGAUGUUUAAUAAUCCAGGCUAUCAACAACCCUAUCAACAGCAACAGCAACAGCACGAUCCGUCCAAUUUCUACAUCCCUCCCAACUUUGGCAUGUCUACACCAACUACUACUACUAAUAAUAACAACAUGUUCCAAUCACAACAACCCAGACAUGCGCCUGUGGAUGCCAGCACCUUAUUGAAGGGUACUCAGGUGCGUCGUGUAGAGUGUCCAGUGUGUCAAAAGAUGAUUGAAGGCGAUGAUAUGGCAGUGAAUCAUCAUGUAAACGAGCAUUAUUCGUAA